UGACGCCAUUCGAGUCGAUUUUACUUUACUGGCAAGGUGCGUUUACGAGUUAACGUCAAAAAAGUUUACCAUAUCGUGAUUAAUCCUCCUUUUUUUAAACUUGUCAUUGGCAUAACUUCUAUGCUAUUUAGAAGCUCGAAGAACUGUGAAAAUCCGUCCUAAGAACGCAGAUUAUUUGACGCAUCGUUUUAUUUUAUGCGAUUCGUCUUUCGUUCGUUUCUCCCCGCUAACCAGUGCUCUAUAGUUUACUCUAUAUUAUCUAUGGUAAUCGGUUGAAGAGAGGAAGUCUAAUUUUGAAUAUGACUGAGAAGGAAAGCGUGAAAAUGUUCGACGAUCUAAUAGAUCGGCAAGUCCUAAUAAGUUUAGUAAAAGAGCGACCAGUAUUAUGGAACAGGCUUGAUGACGUUUAUAAAGAUAAAAUAGGCAAAGUAACAGCAUGGACGGAAAUUUGCGUUUCUUUAAAGGAUGAUUUUGAACAAAUGGAGGAAAACGAUCGCGACGUGUUUGAACAAUGUGUAAUAAAAAGAUGGAAACAAAUAAGAGAUGCUUGGAUGAAAUCUCUGCUAAUUGCCAAUAAAUCCAGGAAAUCUGGUAUCGGUAAACCCACGAAACCUUAUAAAUAUGAUAAUGAAUUAGCUUUUAUGAGACCAAUCGUCCGCCAUGCUCAGAACGAUAUGAGAAACAAUGAGAUUGAAGAAGAAAAAGAAAGAGCACUUAAACGGCAUUUAGAUACAUUAUCUAAGAAGAGAAAGAAGCAAACUCUAAUCAAAAUCGCGAACCGAGUUGAUCACCAAUUGAAGAGGAUCCCCACCGAGAAUGAUGACCGUAACUUGACCUUCUUUAAAAGUGUUCUGCCGUCUCUUAACUUAUUCGAUGACGACCAAACAUUAGAGUUCCAAUCAGGUGUCAUAAAACUUAUACAGAAUAUCAAAAGACGUGUCCAUUGCAGUUGGUCUGAAAGUGAUAAUAUAAUAUAUCAGAAUCAAUUUAUCAAUCAGGGUUAUGACAGGCUAUGUUCUGCACAGUCGCCGUCUGCAGCAUCCACAUCUACGCAGUCGGAUGCCCCCAGUGUGCUUUUGUUUUGCUCUGAUGGAAACGACGAUACCGCCAGUAUAAAAUUAGAAUCAUAUUCAGAGACAGAUUAAGAAAGCGCCCCAGGAAAGAUUUGCCAUCGGCAGUGAUGUACAAGAAGAAGAAGAAAGAAAAUAAAUUUAUUCAAAUCUAAAAGUUACAGACAGUCAGUACCCUAUCCUUAUGACAGCAUGUCUGUCUAUAACCCUUAAAAAGAAAGGAUGUACAGCUCAGCAUAUGCCGUGCACUACGUACAAGUAUAAUACACGGCGCUGAUUUUCAGCUGAGACCCGUGUGACGUCACAGCUUAUAAUUGUACAAAUAAAUUGACAUUAACUAAAUUAAAUUAAAAUAAGAUACCCUAUACAAUAUAUGAAAUACAACCCUAUAUAAAAUAAU